AUGCUUUCCUCAAUCACUCUAAUCGGCGCUUGUGACAAUUUGUUAGCGGUGAUGAGGUCACUCAAAAAGCGGUUUACUUUUGAAGUUCACUCAUUGUUGCAAUACGAUUGGUGUCUUGAGCAAUUUUCCAUGAAUAGCUGGGAUUUUUGUGGGAAAAAUUUGAAUUCUGGGCUUUUAUUUGAUGUUCUUUCGCCGAUUUGUCUUUACGAGCAACUCGAUUUCUUCUAUUGGCUUAUUUUUGAUUCCUUAAAGAGGCUCAUUCAAGUUGAAGAGAUUCCAAUCGAAUCACCCAAAUUCGAGGCGACUUUUCGACAAUUUUACUCAACGGAAAUGGUGUUCUUCUCGACUGAAGAAGGCCCGAAACCGUAUGCGAAACUCUUCCAACGAGCGAUUAACAAGCAAAAGGUGGAAGUCUAUUGUGUGGCUGGCAUCGAGGUCGAGCCCCAGUGUUUCCAUGUUCGUCUUACCGUGUACAUUUUGGAUCGGAUU